UUGAUCCUCCACAGCUUCCGUUCACGGUACCCUUUCCCCUUUCCUUUCCCUUACUGGGUACCUUCUUUAACUUUUGUUUUAAGUUUUACGUUAGUACCCUGUGCCUUCUUGUCCGUUUCGCAUCCUUUCUUUUUUUUCUGUAGUGUUCGUUGGCAAUAUGUUCACGACCACUGGGUCGAGGGGAAUGUAUAAAGCCCCUCUCUCGAAAAGCCUGCUGCUGGUCCCCACUGCCCUGACGGUGCUGCUUACACUGCUCCUGCCCCAGUAUCAAAGCCUGUUUGAGUACAACCUACAAGCAGUGAAGGAAGAAUAUCAGAUCUGGAGGUUGCUCAGUGGAAGAAUAAUCUGCUUGGACCUAAAGGACACGUUCUGCAGUGGGUUGCUUAUCUACAACUUUCGCAUCUUCGAGAGGAGGUUUGGCUCACGCAAGUUUGCGUCCUUUCUGUUGGGGACGUGGGCUCUCGGUGCUGCUGUGGACAUCCUGUUGGCUGAAGCCCUUCAUUUCCUGUUUGAGAUGCAGGUGGAGAUGCUGCCCGCGGGUCUUCUGAGUCCGGUCUUUGCCCUCUUUGUGCCUUUCUUCUGCUCCAUCCCGCGGGUGCCCGUCACCCAGCUGCUGGGCCAGAUCUCCGUCACAAACAAGUCCCUCGUCUACAUCGUGGGCCUUCAGCUGCUCACAUCCAGCUCAUUUAUGUGGGUGAUCGCUCUCAGUGGCCUGGUGUCUGGCGUGCUGUACCACUGUAACGUCCUGUGGAUGCAGCGGCUGCUCCAGGUGCCCGCCUGGCUGGGUCGCGUGGGCGCCCUCCUCCUGGAGCCGCUGCUGGAGGGCAGCGAGCCCACACAGGAGGCCCCCGUGGGCAUGGGCGCCACGCUGGACGUCCAGCGGCAGCAGCGCAUGGAUCUGCUGGACCAGCAGCUGCUGCUCUCGCAGCUCGCUCAGGUGCGGAGGAAUGCCCAACAGCCCCAGGCUGGUCUGCUCAACUGGGGCUGGCUCUUCCCCACACUCCGGCAGAGAGGGCGCAAUGCCACUCCCGCUGUUGCCGUCGCCCAGGCCAGACGUCCCGGGCCCUCCCCUCCCCCUGAGAACAGCCCUGUCGCUGAGGAACAGGUUGCCAGGUUAAUGGAGAUGGGCUUCUCCAGGGUGGACGCCCAGGAGGCCUUGCGAGCAUCCAACAACGACAUCAACAUGGCAACCAACUUCCUGCUCCAGCACUGAGGGACUCUGGGUAAGGAAGGGAAAGAAGGAAGAAUGAGUGGAAGAGCGGACACAGAGAAGUGGAAAAAGGAGACGUGACGGGCCCUCUGUCCAGUGGAGGACACUGAGGUAAGGGGAAGCGAGGAGCAGCCUCAAGUGAGAUUUUUAAACCUGCCGAGAGACGGAGGCCCAUGGAGAAGCCCUGCUGGGACACGGAGCCUCUGCCUCCGCCAAAGACCAGGCUGCGCUCACUGUUGCCACCUACUGGAUGCUGGAGGGAGAGUCCAAGCCGAGGGGAGACGAGGGGGGAACUGAGAAAGCACUGUCUCAGGGCUUGUGUUGUCUUACGUCAUCUGUCUCUCUCUCUCUCUCUCUCACUCUCUCUCUGCCGUGCAAACUGCUCAUUCUCGGCUCAUUGUCUCAGACACCCAGCUAAUAUAGUGGUAGAUUGGAUACUGAUGCAUCCGUUUAAAGACUGAUUUAUUUUCUUUUAUUAGUACAAAAACGGACAUUUACAGAAGAAGCUUUUUGGAGAACAUUGUAAUGAAGCUGGUGGUAUGUUGAUAUUUUUUGUCCUUUUUGAAGAAAUUGAAAGUCUUGUGUUUUCUCAGAUGAACAGCUGUCGCAGGUCAACAUGAACUCAAUCACCUGUGUGUAGAGACGCAAGUGUGUAUAUUUUGUGUAAUUAUGUAUAUAGGAAAUUAACUCUGCACAGAGUAUUUGAGAAUUUGGUUGAUUUUUACAGCCUCUGCCUCUUGCUACAUCAGGGAGCACUAUGCUUCACUGUACAUCAUAUGAAUUCAUUUCACUGUGGAAUUUAAAAUCAUGGUAAUGAUUGUAUUUUGACUAAUCCGAUGACCUGCCCAACACUAUUAAGACUCGUGCUCUCUGUUGAUUUGAUUGGUCAACACUAAGUUAUUCUAUUAUUUUAUUGACUUGAUUCGAAGCUAGAAAUCAUGGUAGAUCAUGGACAUCUGUUAGUAUUGUGUACCUAACCAAAGUGUCCCCUCUUUUUCCAUCUAUCUAAACACCAUCACUUGCGUGAUCAAGCCAGUGAGUUGAGGUGUUAAAGAGCAUCUUUUCCCCCUUUCAUGUGUGUGCAACUGCAACAGUUGGGUGUUAUUUUUCUUCCUCUCUUCUUCUUCAUAAUGAACAAGCCUGACAGCAGAGGCGGAGAGCUACGCUACGCUACGCUACUGUGCUGCGCAGCAGAUGGGUGGUGUGAUUAUCAGACGCUGUAGCUGUGCGCUCUCACUCUGAGAGAUCUAUUAUGCAAAGCUCCCACUCUAAAUGGCUAUGGGCUGGGUCUAAACGUCAGGGGCUACAAAAAGAAAAAAAAAUGUCCAAUUAAAACCUACCUCUCAUCUAAA